AUGGCUGGUUCCUUGGCUGGUCUUCCCACCGAAGUGCUGUGGCCUUCCCACAUGGUUGAACGGCUGCCACUUCAGCAGCUCAGUCAGCUCCGCAGGGUGUGCAGGUCGCUGAACCAGACAUGUGGCCCAGUGCUUCUGCAACGAGAUCGAGAAGUGCGAGAAGCUUUCAAUGACAUGGUGAGCAGAGUUCGGAAGGUCUUGGAAGGACUUCCUGAAGACCUGCAGGAAGAAGGGAACGAACAGAAGGCAGUGGACGUGUGGGACUUGAUGACUUGGCUGAAGGGCAAAUGCAGCACAAUUCUGGAGGUGUUGGAAGUUACUCGAGACAAGUACCUUGGCACGGAAGUGGUGAAUGGGGAUGUCUCUGAGAUCUUGGCUGACAUCGUUCAAAGAGCACGGCAAGAAGCUGUCGGGGAUAUCCGAACCCUUCAUGUGGAAGCUGCUUGUAUCUUCAUCCACGCCGCAAGGCGAAUAGAGGAGCUGCUGCAACCGAUCGUACUGCCAAGACUUGUAUCAGGUCUACAUUCCUCGUCCGUUGUCCUUUACCUGCUCAUGCAUCCUCCUUCUGAGAUAGAAUCAGUGUAUUCCGUAACGGAUCAGACUCGAAGCAGAACUCGGCCAUCUCAGCCGCGGCAGUUCCCAGGGACCAUCACCGAGGACACUGGGGGUGCCUGGCCAGAAGACUUGGCGCUGCCGGAGUCGAUGCCCGGUGGAACUGACUUGGCGAAGCUGCAAGAGCUUGAGCACCAGCUGCUUGAGGCAAGAGCUCGGCAGCCCGGGGACAGCCAGGAACUGGCACUGAUCUUGGCCAGACUUGGUCAGGUGAAAAUGAAUCUAGGUCACCAGGCAGAAGCCAUUGAGCAUCUGAACGAGUCAUUGCAAUUGCAGCGGUCCCUGAGGCCAGGCGACAGCAUGGAAGUGGCCCUCAUCCUGACGAGACUCGGUCAGAUGAAUAGACUUCAAGGUCAUGACGCGGAAGCCAUUGAGCAGCUGAAGGAGUCGCUGCGAAUGCAGCAAUCGUUGCACGGUGAUUGCGACCACGAAGGAAUUGCAGACACUCUGCACCAGCUUGGUGUUGUGACUGCUCACACAGGAGACCUGAAAGAGGCACUGUGGUACAUGAAAGAGUCUUUGCGAAUCGAGCGGUCCUUGCACGGUGACAUUCAGCACCCAGGAAUUGCAGACGCUCUGCAUGAGCUUGGCAAUGUGACCGCUCAGACUGGAGACCUGAAAGAGACUGGUGACCCGAAGGAGGCCCUGCAGUACCUGAAAGAGUCUUUGCGAAUGAAGCAGUCCUUGCACGGAGACGAAGACCAUCGAGGAAUUGCAGUCACGUUGCAGGAACUUGGCAAUGUCACCGCUCAGAAUGGAGACCUGAAAGAGGCCCUGCGUUACCUGAAAGAGUCUUUGCGAAUGAAGCAGUCCCUGCAUGGUGACAUUGACCACCCAGACAUUGCACUCACUCUGCACAUGCUUGGCGAUGUGACCGCUCAGACUGGAGACUGGAAAGAGGCCCUGCGUUGCCUGAAAGAGUCUUUACGAAUGCAGCGGUCCUUGCACGGUGACGGUGACCACCCAGACAUUGCAGUCACACUGCAUAUGCUUGGCGAUGUCACCGUGCAGGCUGGAGACCUGAAAGAGGCACACAAGUACCGGCAGGAGUUGUCGCAAAUGGUGUUGCGCUUGCAGAGUAAGGGCUGCGUUGAUUGGAGGCUGCAGGAAGGUCCGGUGAGUUUCCUCUACAUCCGCUUGGCCAUCCGUUCGGUGUUGUCCCUCCAGGCCAUCCGCUUGGUGACCGCAGCGACCGGAAACGCGCAGCGCCGAAGGCAGAAGGGGGGGCGGAGGGAUGCACGCGCGCGUCGUUGCUGGGCAAUGCAGGAGGGUUUGGAAGUGAAGAUCGUGAAGAGUGCAGGUCGGCUUCGUGCCAGUGCCUGGAUUGCCACUGGUGGUGUCGGAAGGGUCGCGGAUGUGUUCAUGACCUUGCGCCAAGAGAGCUCCAAGUUCCGCAAGGUCCAAGUUACGCAAGGUGCAGCGAGCCGCACGCGCCGAAAGGCGGGGAAGGCGGAGAUGGCGCGGAAAGUUCAGUGGAGAAAGAAGGGUGGCGAAGUGCGAAGCCCGCCGGUGUCGACCAUGCGUGCCUCCUUAGCCGCGGGAGUCCGAUGGGCCCUGGGCCGUCCGCGCGAGGCGGAGGAAGCGCCGGAAGCACGGAAGGAAGCAGGUGUGGCAUCAGCGGUGCGAAAGCCUGAGCGAGUGAGUACAGGUCAGGAGCUGGCAGGGAAGGCCUGGUGCCGCAGCUGCGAGCGCAGCGACUUCGGUCGGUUCUGCCCGCAGUGCGGUCAACACCUGGUGCACGAGGUGGUCACACCCUCCGGCCACUACCGGCUGACGGCUGAAGUAGAAGAGGGCACUGUGUCGCCUCCAAAAGCCAAGUCGACGCUUCCCUUUCAGAGUAGUGCGGAGCCUGACACUCCGUGGAGCGAACGUGGAAGUGUGGAUCAGUCCGAUGUGAGCGGAUGGCCGGCCGAGAAGCAGAAGCCAAGCAUCUCAGAAGCAGAGUUCACCGAAGAGGAGGGCAUGACCGUCGCGCGGAGCUUCGCGCGGAAGAUAUUGCCCGAUGGUGGGCAAAGCUCUGACGAGGAGAUGGCUGAAGAGGCCCAGAAGCCUGAGCCGGACCGCAAGAGUCUCUCGGAGCUGGAGGAUGAGGACCUGGAUGUCCUGGUCGAAGAGACUCUCGGCAACUGGAGAAGAGCAGAAGAGCACGAAGAGUCCGACAUAGAGCUUCUCGAAGACGAUCAGGAUGUGGUGGUUGAAGAGCUGGAAGAUGAGCCUGACAGAGCCUUAGAGGCGCCCUUCGACCAGCCGCCGAACGAGCUGGCGCCCAAGUCGCUUCUGAAGGAGUUCGAAGCGUCGCCAGCGUCGCUCGCUCCGCCGGCGGCCGAGCUUCCAGCGCCGUCGGGUGAAAAGCCCGAAGCCUCGAAGGUCCAAGAGCCAGCGUCGCUCGCUCCGCCGGCCGAGCUUCCAGCGCCGUCGGGUGAAAAGCCCGAAGCCGUGAAGGUCCAAGAGUCGACGGCUCCAAAGUCGACGCGGGGUGUGCGAAGGCGGGGCCUCUUCUCGGUGCUGCGGCCGGAGGAAGCAGAGGACGCUCCUCCAGCGGAUGCGCCCAGCGGUGGUGCAUCUGGCUCUGCAGCACCAUCUGCCGCUUCCACCGCGCCGGUGGAGGAGCUGCGGAGCCCGGGCCCUCCAAAGGGCCGCUUCCUCUCCUUCGUCGCCCAGCGCCGCGUCAACGAGCGACGCCACUGCGGCCCCACGCCGCCGCGGUGUACGGCGCUGGUGCCGCUGUCACCGCCUUUGCAGCUGAGUAAGGUUCUUCGGAUGCCCAAGAAGAGGCUCAGGAAGAAGCAGAAGGCCGAGAUGACCGAGGUGGCCAUCACCUUGAGCCAACUCACUGGUGAAUGCACCGCGGACGUCUUUCAGGUCUUUAGUACUUUUGAGGCCAGCGGCGCCGCCGAGCCGCUGGGCGCCCUGGCGCGGCUCCGCGCGGCGGCGGAGCGCUACGGGGUGGCCGAGCUGCAGCAGGCCUUGCGCGGCUGCGCGGAGGCGAUCCUCUGCUCCGGAGACUGUCGAUCCAGCUUCAUCUUGGUGGAUGGCUGUUUGGACCUCUUGGCCACCGCCGCAGACGAGGCCGGUGGCUCCGCCGAGCUCUUGAGUUGGUUGCUGCAACGCCUGGGUGGUGAGGCGAAGGCUCUGCGGGACCGCGCGGCGCGCCAGCGGGCGGCAAGCCUGCUGUGGCGCUUGUUGCCCGAUGAGCCGUCGAAGGUGUCGCGCUUGAUCCUGGGCGCUGCAGAAAUGGCGUUGUUAGAUCUUGCGAAGGACAAAACUCCGGCCAUCCGCUUGGCGGCCACCCGCGGUUUGCAGAAACUCCCAGGUGCCGAGACGAAGGCCGCGCUGGUGCAGCUGACCUUGGACCUGACGCCGGCGGUGCGCGGCGCCGCGCUGCUGGCGCUGGGCGGGUCGGGACGACUCUGGGAGGCCAGUGGCCGGGCUUUGGAUGCCGCGCCACGCGUGCGAGCGCGCUUCUACGAAGCGGCGCUUCAGGAAGAGGACCUGCCGCCGGAGCUGGUGCAGAUCGGCCUUGCAGAUGCCAACAGUGAGGUGCGUUCAGCUUGUAUGUCCUGGAUCAAGGCCUGGUCUGCUAAACAAGCCGCUCCAGAUGCCGCGUUGCGCGCUCUGCUGGCCGCCGCGGGCGAGAGCCACGCGGAGAAGGCCUUGAAGGCGCUGCUGGUCUUGCCAGAGUGGGCUGAGUAUCGGGACCAGGUCAAUGCUAGGACACCGACGGAUGGCGCGGGUGCGUUGAUUUGGCGCGUGGCGACGCAGACGUCGCCGGAGCUCCCUGCAGAGGCCGCGCCUGUGUGCCAGCAGGCGAGAGAAGCCCUGCUGGCUGAGAACUACGGGGUCCUGCGGGAGAUGCUGCGCCUGGUCUUGGAGGAGGGCGAGGGUCCCACCGAGGACCUAGCGGAGUUGGCGACGUCCGUGCUGCGACAUUGUCCCGCCAGCUGCGGACAGGUGGAAGGUGGCGGUUUCAACGUCUUUGCCAUGGCCAUUGCCUUGCUACGGCGCUUGCAACCCAAGGAGGAGAUUCAACUCUUCCUCCUUCAACUCCUGGAUGAUUGCCGCUACAGUUGCCAGGCCCGGAAGAGCGUGGCUGCUGAGCUGAAAGCGAAGAGGAUGAAAGCCUUGUACGUCAUCGAAGCAGCUUUGAGCACCUUCUGCGGACCUGAGGGAUUUGACCUAG